AUGAGCGCUCAACCAACCUCCGUCACUCCAGCCGUGUUGAACGAUAACCAUGUUGACGAAAACCUCAGUGAGAAGGGGGGCCUCGAUAAGCUUCAAGAAGAGCUUGUCUUUCCCGAAGGAGGUCUAGAUGCUUGGUCCAGCGUAUUGGGGUCCUGGUUUCUGGUUUUCGGUACCUUUGGCACUGCAAAUGCUUUCGGGGUCUUCCAGUCUUAUUACGUUUUAGUCAAAUAUCCCCUUCAAAACAGUUCGUCAGUCGCAUGGAUCGGUUCUCUUCAGAUGUUCUUGCUAUUCAUGAUGGGUGCUAUCGCUGGGCCGAUGUUCGACAAAGGAUAUUUUUACUAUUUGGUCAUUAUCGGCGCAUGCUUACACAUCAUCAGCUUCUUCAUGAUUUCCUUGUGUUCUCAAUUCUGGCAAACAUUCCUCGCCCAAGGAGUCUGCGCUGGUAUCGGUAUGGGUCUCAUCUUCAUUCCAGCGUUGGGAGUGACCAGUCAAUACUUCCGAAGAAAACGGGGGCUUGCCACUGGUAUCGUAGUAACUGGUUCUUCGGCCGGAGGUGUCGUUUUGCCGAUCAUGCUUAACAAGUUGAUUGCAAAGGUCGGCUUUGAGCGAGCGGUUCAGUAUACCGGCUGUCUCAUUGUAGCCUGUAUGGUUUUGGGUAUUGCCCUUGAACGACCAUUCGGAGGUGUCCGGGGGAAAAAGUCGGGCCCCAAGGCGGACGUCAAGGGAUUCUUCAAGGAGCCCGCCUACGUCCUUCUUUGUGUAGGCGUUUUCUUCGUCGCUUGGGGUGUUUUCUUCCCCAUCCUAUUCUUACAGUACUUUGCCGAGCUCAACGGAACAUCCCAAAAUUUGACCUUCUAUAUGGUCGCGAUUCUCAACGGUGCUUCGGUCGUAGGUCGUACACUGCCCAACCUCAUAGCCGAUAUAUUCGGACCACUCAACCUCCUCACCAUCAUGUGUCUUCUCAGUUCUGCGAUGUGUUUCGCAUUCUUCGGAGCCGCUCACAGCACUGCCGGUCUCGUGGUUGUUGCUAUUCUAUAUGGAGCCGCCUCCGGUGCAUUCAUCUCCCUCCUCUCCCCCGCGAUCUUCUCCAUGGCAAAGAGUCAGAGCGAAGUUGGUACAAGAGUCGGUGUCGCUAUGAUGGGACUUGGACUCGCGGCUCUUACCGGAAGCCCAUUGGGCGCGGCAAUCCUUGAUGCCGAUGGUUAUGGAGCAUCAAUCGCUUGGGCUGGUUCCAUGUCAGCGGUAGGAAGCAUUCUAUUUAUUGUAGCCACGUUGUUUACUGCAAGAAGCAAAGGCCACUGGAGAGUUUAG